AUUUGAAGCGUAAGCAAUAACAAGAUUACUCAUACAGAUUCAGAAGUAAUAAAUAUGGGAAAAGUCUUCGGGCUUUGACGCAAUUAUCAAACUUUUAAUUUGGUGGGGUUAACAUAGAUUCUGAUUUCACGAGUGUAUGUUGCAUGGUGUUUACAAAACGAGAAAGUAAUUAUCCUGAAAUAAAAGAUUCAUAAACGUGUAGAAAAUAAGUUAAAACGAUGUCUGCGGAAAAGAGACGUACUAGCGUUGAUAGCAAAGAAGAAGCAGAAGAUACAGAUGGUUGGAUUGGGCCUAUGCCAUCGGAGGCAUCUAAAUCAAAACCUAAAAAGCGCAAAGUGCUGGAAUUCGAGUCUCUUUACAUUGAGAACCUGCCUACGUCUGAAACAUACGAGUUCAGUUACAUGCAUCGCGAUGUGGUGACGCACGUCGUGGUAACCAAGACUGACUUCGUGAUCACUGCCAGUCAGGAUGGACACUUGAAAUUCUGGAAGAAACAGGAGGAAGGAAUAGAGUUUGUGAAACAUUUUCGAUGCCACCUAGCACCAAUCACUUAUGUUGCUGCCAACACAACUGGCACACUCCUGUGUACUGCCUCACAAGAGAAAACCAUUAAAGUUUUUGAUGUUGUUAACUUUGACAUGAUAAAUAUGAUAACUAUUGACUUUGAACCAUACUGUGCUGAAUGGGUUCACUCUGCAGGAGAUCCUAUAUCUGCACUUGCUAUCUCAGAGAAAGGCAGCAACAGGAUUCAUGUAUUUGAUGGCACUCAGACUUCAAGCACACCCCUCCACACCUUCGCGACUCUCCACCAAGCCACAGUAACCACCAUCAAAUACAAUCCAGUCUAUGAAACAGCAGUAUCUGUAGACAAAGCAGGGAUCAUAGAAUACUGGACUGGGCCAAAACAUGAGUACAUGUUUCCGAAAACAGUGAACUUUGGUACUAAACUGGACACAGACUUGUAUGACUUUGUCAAGAAUAAGACUUAUCCCACUGCGCUCGCGUUCUCGCCUGACGGGAAGAAGAUGGCGUCAAUCAGUUUGGAUCGAAAGGUGCGUGUGUUCCAUUUCCUGUCAGGCAAGCUGCACAAGGUGCUGGACGAGAGCCUGCAGCGCUUCCAGGAGCUGCAGCACCAGACGCAGCAGCUGCCCAACAUGGAGUUCGGCAGGAGAAUGGCAGCAGAGCGUGACCUAGAGAAGUCUGAGUGCGUGCAGCUGGCGAACGUGUUGUUCGACAGUUCGGGGCACUUCGUGGUGUACGCGACCAUGCUGGGCGUGAAGGUGGUGAACCUUGUCACCAACCGCUGCGUGGCCAUGCUCGGCAAGCCCGAGAACCUGCGCCCGCUGCAUCUCGCUCUCUUCCAGGGACGAACGAACCAAUCAAAAGUGGCGACGACCCUCGAGAUGGAGGGUUCCGAGAACCCAACACUCCUGAACGUGAAGACGGACCCGACUCUGUUCUGCACGGCGUACAAGAAGAACCGCUUCUACAUGUUCUCACGCCGCAGCCCCGACGACAUCAAGAGCCCCGACGCGGACAGAGACAUCUUCAAUGAGAAGCCCUCGAAGGAAGACAUUAUUUCGGCUACUGAAGGACAAGGCGUGCAGCGCCUGUACGAGCAGGCCGUGCUGCACACGUCGCUGGGCGACGUGCACGUGCGCCUGUUCGGCAAGGACACGCCGCGCACCGCAGAGAACUUCUGCGUGCACGCGCGCAACGGCUACUACAACGGACACGUGUUCCACCGCGUCAUCAAGGGGUUCAUGGUGCAGACCGGGGACCCCACCGGUACUGGUACGGGCGGUGAGAGCAUAUGGGGCGGCGAGUUCGCGGACGAGUUCCGUCCGCAGCUGAAGCACGACCGGCCCUACACGGUCAGCAUGGCCAACGCCGGGCCGAACACCAACGGCAGCCAAUUCUUCAUCACGCUUGCGCCCACGCCGUGGCUCGACAACAAGCACACGGUGUUCGGGCGCGUGGUCCGCGGCAUGGAGGUGGUGCAGAACAUCGGCAGCGUCAAGACCAACCCCAAGACGGACAAGCCCUACGAGGACGUCAGGAUCAUCUCCGUUACCGUUAAGUAACCGCUCACCAGGGCAGGGGAGGCUACACACACCAUGUUUGAUAAAUAAGUCAACACUGCAAUUUGUUUAUCUACUUAAAUAGUUUUUUAAUAAGAAUCGGAUGUGACGCCGAAAAUAUAAUCCAUUUUUAUGUUCUAGUCGUGAAUUUUUACGUUUUUUACUUGUGAUAUUUCAGAUGACGUGAGUUUUUCAGAAUACAAAUGUAAUGUAAUUUACUAGCAAAUGAAUUCUUGGUCAAAUGUCAAGUGUUAUUUUUAACUUAAUUCAAAUCAUUAUUCAAUUGUUUACUUAUUUAUCAAAUUGUAGAGUAGAGACAUAAAACUAAGUUUCGGUAACUUCUAGUUCGUAAUGAAGAUGUGGAAAGUUAUGCAGUUUUGAUGAUAUCUUAUAAGUUUGAUUACCCUUGUAUUUUGCGGAAUCAGGCCCUUUCUAUGAUCCCUAAGCACUGUUGCAAUUGUGGUAACGGAAUCCCGUAGUGUUUACGCUGUUUAGGUUUCACACUUGUCACAGAUCUGGUUUAUGAGCUCAUAGUACAAGUAACUGGGUUCCCAAUGAACAAUGCUCUCGUAUCGUAUUUCACACGGAUGCCGAAACUUUGUUUUUUAAUGUUUUGGUGCUUAAGUGAAAACUAGAAGUACAAAAUAUGUAAUAGCAAUACAUAAGAUCAAUGUUGUAAAUGUGGUGUUCAUUAACGCUUACAAAUUUUGAAUGACAAAAAUACAGAUUUUAUCAAUUUUUGUAGAGCUAAAAUAAACAUAAGAAUAUAGUUAAAGUACGUGUUUGUAAAUUUUACAUUAGUCAAAUCGUAGUUUUUUUUAUUAGAAGGUAAAAAAUUUGUAGUGCUCUAGUGUUAAUAAGAUUUAAGGGUUAGUUAUUACCCAAAUAGCUGCCCCGUUUAGGGUUCAUAAUAUUGUAGACAAUACUUUUAAUUUCAAGAUAUAAAAAUAUUGUUAGAUGUGAACGUAAUAAAAAUUAGACUUUUCGCUAGAUCCUAAUAAGUAGAUGAUAAUAAGUAAAUUAAAUUAAUUCACAUAGUUAUUUUAUUAAUUCUGAAAAAGAUAUAAUAGUUUGAAUUCCAUAAUUAAAAGAAAAUACGCUGUUCUUAUGAAUUAUAAUUAAAAGAAAUCAAUAAAACUCUUAAAAUUA